AUGGCACGUUCCCAAAUCCAGAUCGCCAUCUCCUCGCUCCAGCGGCUCUUGAAGGAAGAACAAUCGUACUACACGGAGCAGGCACAACAAGAAGCACGCAUCGCCAAGUUGGAGAAUCAGGCCAACGACAAUGACGAAAACCACGAGUACCAGUUGAACCAGGAGCGCAAGGCACUGGAAGAAACCAAGGCGAUGAUUCCUCAGAUGCGCGACCGGAUCACAAACGCACGGGAGAAGUUGGAGAAUAUGCUGGAUACCGCCACCAAUGAACAGGAGCGAGAUGCCGCGGUCGAUAUUCUCAAGAAGGCAAAGGACGCGCAGAAGGAUGAUCCGAUCGCCGGAGGGCACGGCACUACUGCUGUGAACGGCUCGUGA